UAGUUAUUAGAACCAAUAACAAAAAUUCUAGAGUGCAUUUGAGUUUAUUAGUUUGUAGUUAUAUAGCAAAAUGCUCGUCUAUUUCGGCUCACUAAAUUAAGGAAGUUGUUGUAGCACGUUGCCACGCCCCCACCCAAAACAGUCGACCACCCCCCGCCUCCGCCCACAACGUGUGAGAGAGAUAGAGGGAUUAAAAGCAACAACAACACAUAAAGAAAACGAAAGAUUUCCGCAAGGAACCACCAACAAAAACAACAAUUACUUUGGUGAUUCUCGUAACGGCAAAAACAACAAGAGAAUAAAUUUAAAUCAAAAAGAACUGUGCUCUCUGCUGUUGUGCAUGUGUGUAUGUGUGUUUAAGCGGUGUGGUGCGUGCAUUACAAUAAUUGCACAAAAUUCAAGACAAACGUGGGGCGGGGGUGUCUGUAAGUGUGAGUGCGACAGAACGCGACCUAUACAGAGGGAGAAAGAGAGACGGCAACAACAAAGGGCUGUGAUUUUUUUGACCCCUCCCCCGCCCCCUCACACAAACUCGCGUAUUUACCAAAUAAACGGAACACACCAACACAACACAAGCCUCAAAAGCUAGAACAACAAAUCGAAUAGUUUUGCUGGUGAUUUGAGAGGGUGGAGAGGAGAGUGUGAGUGAGUGGGAGAUUGGAAGAGUCGCUGGAAAAGUAAAACUGGCAGAGAGAGUGCAAUGGAUGUCCUGGAACUGCUGCGCGCCAGCGCCACCGGCGGCUUCAACACUCUCUUCUCGGACGCAUGGUGUCAGUACGUUUCGCAGCAGAUCACAGCAACGAUGUACAUGUAUUGCGCCAUAGCAGUGCUGGGCUUUCUGUUCCUGGCCUGGUUCAUGUACUUUAAGCGCAUGGCCCGCUUGCGCCUGCGCGACGAGCUUGCCUUCAUCCGUUCCCUGAGCGCGGUAACCUCAUCCGGCGGAGAUCUGCGCGGCCUGCGUUUCCGCAAGCGCGACAAGAUGCUCUUCUACGGACGUCGAAUGCUGCGCAAGAUGAAGAACGUUAGUGGUCAGAUGUAUAGCAGCGGCAAGGGCUACAAGCGACGGGCUGUGAUGCGAUUCGCCAGGCGAAUCCUUCAGCUGAGGCGCGACAACAUGCCGCUGGAGAUGCGCACCGUGGAGCCGCCAGCGGAGUAUCUGGAGGAGACCAUCGAGGGCAGCGAUCGGGUGCCACCCGAUGCCGUUUACAUGCUGCAUGGGAUUCGCAUCUUUGGUCACUUCGAGAAGCCCGUCUUCCUGCGGCUCUGCAAGCACACCCAGUUGCUGGAACUGAUGGCCGGCGAUUAUCUGUUCAAGAUAACCGAUCCGGAUGAUAGCGUCUAUAUCGUCCAGUCGGGCAUGAUAAAUGUGUAUAUCUCAAAUGCGGAUGGCAGCACUCUGUCGCUGAAGACGGUGCGCAAGGGCGAGUCGGUGACCUCGCUGCUGAGCUUUAUAGAUGUCCUGUCGGGAAAUCCCAGUUACUACAAAACAGUCACCGCUAAGGCCAUUGAGAAAUCGGUGGUCAUUCGGCUGCCCAUGCAGGCCUUCGAAGAGGUGUUCCAGGACAAUCCGGACGUGAUGAUCCGGGUCAUCCAGGCGAUAAUGAUAAGACUACAACGAGUUCUCUUCACCGCACUGCGCAACUACCUUGGUCUAAAUGCCGAACUGGUGCAGAACCACAUGCGCUACAAGAGUGUCUCCACGAUGAGUGGACCGAUCAACUCGCAGUCCUCGCAAUCCUCACGCCAGGCGGCCAAUGGUCCGCCCACGGUGAUCACCCAACUGAAUCUAAUGCAGUCUGCUGCCUUGGGUUCGGUAUCGGGAUCGGGUGUGGCAGUGACCUUGACCCGAGCACCGCCUUCGCCAUCGCGUCAUUCGCGCGAAGAGCACACGCUAUCCGAUACGAAUCCCAAUACGGAUGGCAGUAUUCAGGGCACUAGCAAUCUAUUCACCGAGGUGCACGGCGAUGCGCCAAAUGCAGAUCUAUUCCAUCAGCAGCAGCAUUCGGUGGGCAAUCUGUCCACGCGUCGCGGUUCCAUCACCCAGAUGACGCCCGAGGGCUCGCAGGCCAGUCCUCAGGUACCGGGAGUAUCGCCCUCGAUAGACAUGCGCCUGGUGCAAUCCUCAGCGGUGGACAGUCUGCGUAAGGAGCUGGGUCUGCCCGAGGAGGAUGCCCACAUCAUUGAACCCUUUGUGGAGAUACGCGAACUGGAGCCGAAUGUCACUUUAAUCACCGAAGGUAAUGCGGACGAUGUUUGCGUGUGGUUCGUGAUGACGGGCACAUUGGCUGUCUACCAGAGCAAUCAGGAUGCCACGCGUGCCAAGCCGGACAAGAGCGACCAGCUCAUCCAUUUUGUGCAUCCCGGGGAAAUCGUUGGCGGACUGGCCAUGCUGACGGGAGAGGCCAGUGCCUAUACCAUUCGAUCGAGGAACAACAGCAGGAUUGCCUUCAUCCGACGUGCGGCCAUUUACCAGAUCAUGCGACAGCGACCCCGCAUUGUUUUGGAUCUGGGCAAUGGGGUAGUACGCCGCCUAUCGCCGCUGGUGAGGCAGUGCGACUACGCCCUGGAUUGGAUCUUCCUUGAGUCGGGCAGAGCUGUCUAUCGGCAGGACGAGAGCAGCGACAGCACAUACAUUGUCCUAAGCGGACGCAUGCGUUCGGUUAUCACGCAUCCCGGUGGCAAAAAGGAGAUCGUCGGCGAAUACGGCAAGGGGGAUCUCGUGGGCAUCGUCGAAAUGAUCACGGAAACGUCGCGCACCACGACGGUGAUGGCUGUGCGCGACUCGGAGCUGGCCAAGCUGCCCGAGGGCCUGUUCAAUGCCAUUAAGCUGCGCUACCCCAUCGUGGUCACCAAGCUGAUUAGCUUCCUUAGCCACCGCUUCCUCGGCUCGAUGCAGACGCGCUCGGGCAGCGGGGCGCCGGGCGCGCCCGUCGAGGCCAAUCCCGUCACGCACAAGUACUCCACGGUGGCCCUGGUGCCCAUCACCGACGAGGUGCCGCUGACGCCCUUCACCUACGAGCUCUACCACUCGCUCUGUGCCAUAGGACCCGUCCUCCGUUUGACCUCCGAUGUGGUGCGCAAACAGCUCGGUCCGAACAUCUUCGAGGCGGCGAACGAGUACCGGCUGACCUCGUGGCUGGCCCAGCAGGAGGAUCGGAACAUCAUCACCCUGUAUCAGUGCGAUAGUUCGCUGAGUGCCUGGACACAUCGCUGCAUGCGCCAGGCGGACGUCAUCCUGAUUGUGGGCCUCGGCGAUCGCUCCUACCUGGUUGGGAAGUUCGAACGUGAGAUCGACCGGCUGGCGAUGCGCACGCAGAAGGAGCUGGUCCUGCUAUAUCCGGAGACGACCAAUGCCAGGCCGGCCAACACGCUCAGCUGGCUAAAUGCCCGACCCUGGGUGACCAAGCACCACCACGUGCUCUGCGUCAAGCGCAUCUUCACGCGCAAAAGUCAAUACCGCAUUAAUGAUCUCUACAGUCGCGUCUUGCUGUCCGAGCCGAACAUGCAUUCCGACUUCUCGCGUUUGGCCCGCUGGCUUACGGGCAACUCGAUUGGCCUUGUCCUGGGCGGCGGAGGUGCGCGCGGUGCCGCCCACAUUGGGAUGCUGAAGGCCAUCCAGGAGGCGGGGAUACCCAUCGACAUGGUCGGUGGCGUCAGCAUUGGCGCCCUUAUGGGAGCCCUCUGGUGCUCGGAGCGUAAUAUCACCACGGUUACGCAAAAGGCGCGCGAGUGGUCAAAGAAAAUGACGAAAUGGUUCCUACAACUGCUGGACCUCACCUACCCGAUCACAUCGAUGUUCUCCGGACGGGAGUUCAACAAGACGAUCCACGACACUUUCGGGGAUGUGAGCAUCGAGGAUCUGUGGAUACCCUACUUCACCCUCACCACCGACAUCACCGCCAGUUGCCAUCGCAUUCACACCAAUGGAUCUCUGUGGCGUUACGUACGCUCCUCCAUGUCGCUCAGUGGUUAUAUGCCGCCGUUGUGCGAUCCUAAAGAUGGGCACCUCUUGCUGGAUGGCGGCUAUGUGAAUAAUCUGCCAGCCGAUGUGAUGCACAAUCUGGGGGCUGCUCACAUAAUCGCCAUCGAUGUGGGAUCACAGGACGACACCGAUCUUACCAACUAUGGCGACGACCUGAGCGGUUGGUGGCUGCUCUACAAGAAGUGGUUUCCCUUCACGACGCCUGUGAAGGUGCCCGACUUGCCGGACAUCCAAUCCCGACUUGCCUAUGUGUCCUGCGUGCGCCAGCUGGAGGAGGUCAAGAACUCGGACUACUGCGAGUACAUUCGACCCCCGAUCGACAAGUACAAGACCCUUGCCUUUGGUAGCUUCGACGAGAUCCGCGAUGUGGGCUAUGUGUUCGGGAAGAACUACUUCGAGAGCAUGGCCAAGGCGGGCCGGCUGGGCCGCUUCAACCAGUGGUUCAACAAGGAGCCACCCAAGCGGGGCAACCACGCCUCGCUCAACGAGUACACGUUCAUCGAUCUGGCGCAGAUCGUGUGUCGACUGCCGGAGACGUACGCGGUGAACACGGCGGAGCUCUUCAGCGAGGACGAAGACUGUGAUGGCUACAUCUCGGAGCCGACGACUCUCAACACGGACCGACGACGCAUUCAAGUGCCGCGUGCUGGCAACUCGUUGUCCUUCUCCGAGACUGAAAUGGAUUCAGAUCUAGAGAUUGACCUGAAGCUGGAGCGCAAGACGGACAAGUCCACACAGUCCACACCGCCGGCGACCAGCAGGACCAGUUUGCGCGGCAAGGAAGAGGCUAGAGGCUAUGUGGAGGAUCAUCGUGAUCGCGACUGGCACUGGGGUGCAAAGCACAAGGAUGCGACUGACGGUGGGGCCACCACAGCCGCACACACUCUGACUGAGCAGGAGCAACCGCAGCAGCAGCAGCAGCAACAGGAGGAUCAGGACGCCAGGGCGGAGCAGCUGGUGGACAAGGACGAGGACAAGGAGAACAGGAGCAGCGCGAAUAACGAAACCAAAAACUAGCUAUAUAGACAAGCCAACCGAGGCGGGAUAUCUACUCAACAAAAUGCAGAAACAGCAACAGCAAAAGCAACAAGCCGAGGACGACGAGGUGCCUUCCGCUUGCCCGACGCCCAACGGCAAACACUUCACCAGCAAACCAACCACAACCACAAACUACUCAAUCAUCCAAUCUCCAAAACGAAACAAACUAAAUAGCAAUGACAAGGAAAUUUGUUAACCUCUAGGUUUUAUAGCAACCAAGACUUAGGCUUAGCUUAGCAUAUGGAAUAC